AUGUCUACCCCUGACUGGCUUAAAGCGAGACAAAGCAGUAGAGGCCUAGAAGAGAUCGAGUCAACAUCGCCCCGUGGUGAAGAGAUCGAGUCAACAUCGCCCCGUGGUGAAGAGAUCCAGUCAACAUCGCCCCGUGGUGAAGAGAUCCAGUCAACAUCGCCCCGUGGUGAAGAGAUCCAGUCAACAUCGCCCCGUGGUGAAGAGAUCCAGUCAACAUGGCCCCGUGGUGAAGAGAUCCAGUCAACAUGGCCCCGUAGUGAAGAGAUCCAGUCAACAUCGCCCCGUAGUGAAGAGAUCGAGUCAACAUCGCCCCGUAGUGAAGAGAUCCAGUCAACAUCGCCCCGUGGUGAAGAGAUCGAGUCAACAUCGCCCCGUGGUGAAGAGAUCCAGUCAACAUCGCCCCGUGGUGAAGAGAUCCAGUCAACAUCGCCCCGUGGUGAAGAGAUCCAGUCAACAUCGCCCCGUGGUGAAGAGAUCCAGUCAACAUGGCCCCGUGGUGAAGAGAUCCAGUCAACAUGGCCCCGUGGUGAAGAGAUCCAGUCAACAUGGCCCCGUAGUGAAGAGAUCCAGUCAACAUCGCCCCGUAGUGAAGAGAUCCAGUCAACAUCGCCCCGUAGUGAAGAGAUCCAGUCAACAUCGCCCCGUAGUGAAGAGAUCCAGUCAACAUCGCCCCGUAGUGAAGAGAUCCAGUCAACAUCGCCCCGUAGUGAAGAGAUCCAGUCAACAUCGCCCCGUAGUGAAGAGAUCCCACGGGUCUUGUCCGCGUCUUCACCUUGA